UUUAAUUACUAUAAUUCUCGUUCCGCAUUGCCUUCGUAACCGCCGCUGGAGAAUAAUAGGUUGGCAGAGGGAUCUUCGCGGGUCCCAGACCUGGAAGGCUCGUGUUUCUCCGAGGAUUACCGCGACACGGGUCAAGCGGUUUCUUCGAUUAGACAAUCGCGAUCCGCAGAGCGGGAGGAGCGCUAGGUCGGCAGAUAUUUGUUAGGGCUGCUUUAGUGGGCGGAUGCCGGCGGCCUGGCUAGGGCUGGGCUGAGGGCCACGAGAGGUAUCGCAUGGCAUUGGGGGAUCGGAUGGCGUGGUUGUUCUCACAGUCGUCGGCAUUGGUGUCGAUAAACUUUGAUGAGUUCUCCAGCCAUGAGAAUGGGGGUUCAUCUAGGCAGACGAGGGAGUCGGAGGCGCCGGCAGAGGCUGAUCCAGGUUCAGCAGCGACAAGCUUGGCGUACUUACCGCAUGCGGUAUUUUUGCGCGAGUUCAGGCACGAGUGCUUCGAGGAGUACGCUCCCAUGAAGCCUUCCCAGAGUGCAUUGGUCUCAAAAUGGCGGCCCAAGGAUAGAAUGAAGACUAGUUGCGUGGCCCUUGUAAUGUGUUUAAACAUUGGUGUUGAUCCUCCUGAUGUAAUUAAAAUAUCUCCUUGUGCAAGAAUGGAAUGCUGGAUAGAUCCGUUCUCUGUGACGGGUGCAAAAGUUCUUGACAGAAUUGGAAAAAGCUUGCAUGCUCAAUAUGAACGAUGGCAACCUAGGGCUCGUUAUGGUCUUCAACUUGAUCCUACAAUUGAGGAAGUGAAAAAGCUUUGUUGCAGUUGCCGUAAAAAUGCUAAGUCUGAGAGAGUUCUCUUCCAUUAUAAUGGCCAUGGUGUGCCUAAACCAACAGCUAAUGGUGAAAUCUGGGUUUUCAACAAGGGCUACACUCAAUAUAUUCCGUUGCCGAUAAGUGAACUUGAUUCCUGGCUAAAGACUCCAUCAAUGUAUGUUUUUGACUGCUCAGCUGCAGGCGUUAUUGUAAAUGCUUUAAUUGAGCAUCAAGAGUCGAACUCUUCUGGUGCUUCAGGCUCCUCAAAUGACUGCAUUUUGUUUGCUGCCUGUGAGGCACAGGAAACUCUUCCACAAAGUGAUGAAUUUCCAGCUGAUCUGUUCACAUCAUGUUUGACCACACCGAUAAAAAUGGCGCUGCAUUGGUUCUUCCCUCGCUCAUUGCUUCAUGAUUCUAUUGACCAUUCUCUUAUUGACAAAAUUCCUGGGCGCCAAAAUGAUCGGAAAACACUUCUAGGGGAGUUAAACUGGAUUUUUACGGCGGUUACGGACACCAUUGCAUGGGAUGUUCUGCCUCAUGACCUUUUUCAAAGGCUAUUUAGACAGGAUCUACUGGUUGCUUGUUUGUUCCGAAACUUCCUACUUGCUGAAAGAAUAAUGAAAAAUGCAAAUUGUAAUCCAAUAUCGUAUCCUCUAUUACCACCAACUCAUCAGCAUCGUAUGUGGGAUGCAUGGGACAUGGCAGUUGAGAUUUGCCUUUCUAAACUGCCACAGCUGGUUACUGAUCCAACUGCUGAAUUUCAGCCUAGUCCGUUUUUUACAGAACAGUUGACAGCUUUUGAAGUGUGGCUUGAUCAUGGAUCUGAACACAAAAAUCCUCCAGAACAGUUGCCGAUAGUUUUGCAGAUUUUGCAUAGCCAGUCUUUUCGAUUUCGAGCAUUGGUGCUUCUAGGGAGAUUUCUUGACAUGGGGCAUUGGGCUGUAAAUCAGGCGUUAUCUGUUGGAAUAUUUCCUUAUGUGCUCAAGCUGCUGCAAUCAAAGGCAAUGGAGCUGCAACAAAUUCUUGUGUUCAUUUGGACAAAAAUCCUCUCUCUUGACAACGGAAACUGUUCUUUCCGGGAUGAUCUGGUGAAAGAUGGAGGCCAUAACUAUUUUAUUAAGUUUCUCGAUGGCAUGGAUGCUUACCCGGAGCAGCGGGCAAUGACUGCCUUUGUUUUAGCAGGUAUUGUUGACGGAUAUAGGUUGGGACAAGAGGCGUGCAUCCAAGAAAAUCUCAUACAUGUAUGCUUGAAGAAUCUGCAACUUGCAAGCUCCGAUGAAGCACAUACCGAACCUCUCCUUCUUCAAUGGUUAUGCAUUUGUCUUGGAAAAUUGUGGGAGGAUUUCCAUGAAGCACAACUCAUCGGUUUACAAGCAGAUGCACCGGCUAUUUUGUCAAUAUUGCUGUUAGAGCCCCAACCAGAGGUUAGAGCAGCUGCUGUCUUUUCUCUUGGCUCCCUUAUAGACGUUGGGUCUGAAUCAUUCAGAGAUGGACAUGGAGAUGUUGAGGAUUGUGAUGCGGAUGAGAAGUCUAAAGCUGAACUACAUAUUGUCAAGAGUCUUUUGCAAGUUCUUGAAGAUGGAAGCCCCUUGGUUCGGUCUGAGCUUGUUGUUGGUCUUGCUCGCUUUGGCUUUGGUCACAACAAGCAACUGAAGCCAAUUGCUGGUGCAUUUAAGCAGCAGGGAAGCUCCAUCUCUUCACAAAUUGUCUCUGAGCUGAGAGUUGGUUGUGGCAGCAUGGCUAGUGCUCGAGACAGAAUGAUCUCAACAAGAAGUCCCACUGCAUCCACUGAGAUUAUGCAUCAUUCUCCUGUGUCGGAUGAUUCCUCUCACUGUUCAGACUCUGGAAUAUUUGUAAAAGAAAGUACUACAGAUGGAGACAUUAAUCAAUUUAGAUCAAGGUCUCUAGAUAGUGUAGUUUACUCCCAAUAUCUUGUUGCCAUGUCUUCUUUAGCAAAAGAUCCAUACACUCGAAUUGCUAUUUUGGGAAGAAGGGCACUCGCUAUUAUUGGCAUUGAGCAUGUAGUUUCAAAAGGAGCAAAAUACAAUGAUGGAAGUUUUCACCAAGGAUAUUUAUCUUGUCAAUCUAUGUCUUCUACCAUUGGUUUGACUCGUUCAUCUUCCUGGUUUGACAUGCAUUCUGUUAAAUUGCCUGUGACAUUUAGAACACCCCCUGUUAACUCUACAAGGCAAAAUUACCUUACUGGAUUGAGGCGAGUAUGCUCAUUGGAGUUUGGGCCACAACUAUGUCGUCCACAAGACACUGUGUUGGCUGAUCCACUGUUAGGUUCUAUUGGAUCCGUUGGGACCUCUGAGCAUAGUUUACUUCCUCGGUCUUCUAUUUAUGACUGGAAUCAUCAAUAUUUUUCUCGGCCUCUUCUUAAUGCUUCAGAUGAAAAUGAAGAUGACCAAGCUUUAAGAGAACAAAGAGAGAAAAUUGCAUUGGAUUGUAUAGCUAAUUGCCGGCAUUCAUCUAUAACUCAACUUAACAAUCAAAUUGCUAGCUGGGAUACCAGGUUUGAGACUGGAGCAAAAGCCACUCUACUAUUGCCCUUUUGUCCGAUAGUUGUUGCUGCAGAUGAGAAUGAGAGGAUAAGGGUAUGGAACUAUGAAGAUGCGACACAAUUAAACAGUUUUAGCAACCAUUAUUCCUCAGAUGGAGGAAUUUCUAAGCUCUGCCUUGUGAAUGAACUUGAUGAUAGCCUGCUUCUUGUUGCUUCGAGUGAAGGAAAUAUUCGUGUAUGGAAAAAUUAUACUCUGAAGGAUAGACAAAAGCUUGUGACAGCAUUCUCAUCUAUUCAAAGUCAUAGAGCUGGUGUUCUAGCUUCAAAUGCUGUAGUUGACUGGCAGCAACAAUCUGGAUAUUUGUAUGCUUCUAGUGAGAUAUCCUCCAUCUUAAUUUGGGAUCUCGAUAAGGAGCAAAAUAUUAGUUUCAUUUCAUCAUCAUCGGACAGCAGCAUAUCUGCACUGUCUGCUUCUCAAGUUCGCGGAGGUCAGAUUGUGGCAGGUUUUGUUGAUGGAUCAGUUAGAAUAUUUGAUGUUAGAACUCCGGACAUGCCUGUUUGUGCAACAAGACUGCAUACUCAAAGGGCGGAGAAAGUUGUUGGGAUUGGAUUUCUACCAGAGCUUGAUCAAUUUAAGAUUGUGAGUGCAUCUCAAGCUGGGGAUAUACAAUUUUUGGACAUUCGAAACCACUCUGAAGCUUACCUCACAAUUGAUGCCCAUAGGGGUUCUUUGACAGCUUUUGCUAUUCACCGCCAUGCACCAGUUAUUGCCAGUGGAUCAUCCAAGCAGAUCUUUAAGGUCUUUAGUCUAGAUGGAGACCAACUGAGUAUCAUCAAAUAUUACCCUACUCUCAUGGCUCAACGAAUUGGUUCUGUCAAUUGCCUCAAUUUCCACCCUUAUAAGGUCCUCCUAGCAGCUGGCGCAGCUGAUGCUUGCGUUUCCAUCUAUGCCGAUGACAACUACGAAGCAAGAUAGCGUUUCAAUCAUGUUUUCUGCUUAUUGAUUUGGUGAACAUAGCUGCUUGCACAGAGCCAACGUCUUGCCGUGCAGCGGGUUAUCAGGAUACAUAUCUAUCUGGUUUGCCUGUGCAAUUGGAAUUCUAACAAUGUUCAUUAGCCUCAACUUACCAAUGAGUCAUGUCACCAAGGAUUUCUGCCAUUCUGCAUCACACUCGGAGGAGAAAUUAUUAGUUGCGGAUACCAGACAGGGAAAAUCAUCCGGAUUUCUCUGUCUACAGUAAAAGCGCUGUCAAAGCGCUGCUGCUACAAUAACUGUGCUUUUACUUUUUAUAGAGAGAAAUCCGGAUGAUUAUCUCUGUCCGGUGUCCGCACCUAAUAAUUUGCCCACUCGGAGGCUCCCAAUAACCAGUAUAUCUAGGUAACAGCUUGUAUAUCCUUUUUUGUCUUAUCUAAUUUUUUUUUUUUUCUUCUUUGGUCAUAUUUUAUUUUUAUAAAUUAUGAUGCUUCAAUGGCAACAGGGUUGUUUGCUUUUUCUUCUAUGUCAAAAAUAAUAAUUUUCACCAAACAGUGUAUGACUCAUCAUUUUAGUCAAUAAUUUAUCUAAAAGAGCAGAAAAAUGGCAUUCAUUUGAUCA